GAGAUAAGCCCCCCCGGCACCCUUAUCACCACCACCACCGCCACCAUGCUCUCCCUCUCCCACCCCCACCCCCACCCCGCCUCCACCACGGCGGCGGCGGCGGCGCGCCACCACCACCGCCGGAACGCCCCCUUCGCGCCGCACCACCGCCGCCGCCGCCGCUUCGCGCACCUGACGACCUCCGCCGUCAUCCUGGGCCCCGACGGGCGGCCCAUCGGCGGCGGGCCGCGCGACAACAAGCUCCCCUUCACCCCUCCCCCCACCGCGCCGCCCGACCAGCUCUACCAGCCGUUCCAUCCGCCGCCGUCGCCGCUCCCCGACAAGUACAAGGACCUCGACCUCGGCCAGCGCCUCGCUGUGCUCCGGGACCGCCUCGGGCUUUGGCACGAGUACGCGCCGCUCAUCUCCGCGCUGUCGAGGGAAGGGUUCACGCCGUCGUCGAUCGAGGAGGCCACGGGGAUCUCCGGCGUCGAGCAGAACAGCGUCGUCGUCGCCACCCAGGUCCGCGACUCGCUCGUCGCCGACGAGGGCGGCUUCCCCGCCGAGCUCCUCCGCUACUUCGACUCCUACGGCGGGCCCGAGCUGCUCUACGAGCUCCGGUUCCUCAACGCGAGGCAGCGCGCCGACGCGGCGAGGCACGCCAUCGACCGCCGCCUGGAGCCACGCGGGGUGCGCGAGCUCGCCCGCUCCAUGAAGGACUUCCCGCAACGCCGCGGCGACGACGGGUGGGAGGCCUUCACGCGGGACAACCCCGGGGACUGCCUCGCCUUCGCGCGGUUCCGCCAGUCGCGUGAGGCCAUCGACGCCGAGGACUCCGUGGCGGAGCUGGAGCGCGCGCUGGAGGUUGUGGACACGGAGCCCGCGAGGGCGCGGGUGGAGGCGGAGCUCGACCGCGCGAGGAGGAAGGCCGCCGGGGAGGAGGUGGACGACGAGGACGGCGCCGCCAACGCCGCCGCCGCCGCGUCGCGCCCUGCCGUGCCCGUGGUGCGGCUCAUGUACGGCGAGGUGGCGGAGGCGACGACCGUGCUGCUGCUCCCGGUGGUGCGCGAGGGCGACGGCGGCGAGGCGCUCGCCCACGCGCCGAGGCGGACCAGGACGGACGCGGACCUCGGCAUGGUGGAGGUGGACAAGGGGUGGACGCGGUGGGCGGUGGUGCCCGGGUGGGGCCCCGUGGCGGAGGUAGCCGGCGAGGCGGUGGUGAUCGAGCUCGCCGACGGGCGCACGCUGCCGUGGCGGUCGGCGGAGGCGGAGCGGGUGCUGGUGGUGGCGAACCGCGGGCGGAGGGAGGUGGUCGAGGACGGCAUCUACGUGGUGGAGAGGGAGGGGAGGCUGGUGGUGGAGAAGGGGAGGAAGCUGGCGGCGGAGGGCGUCGGCGAGGCCGCCGCCGAGGUGCUCGUCGUCGUCCGGCCGCCCAGGGACGAGGACGACAUGAUCAGCGACGACGAGUGGGACUGAGGAUUUUGAGAGAGGGUUUUUUCUUCUCGGUAAUGCGUAAUUUUCUCUUGGUAAAAAAACACAAAAUCUCUCCCUAAUUCUCAUCAUUUCAUAGUUCAUGAAUGGAUUAUUAGGGGAAAUCAGUUGUUUCUUUUUAUUACAGUAUAAACUCAUAGGGAACAUGGCAGAUGCGAUGCUCUGGCCUUUGUCAUUGCUUAAUUUCUUCAAAUAAGAUGAUCAAAUACAAUAAUGUUAUAUUGCUGAAAUGAGAUUCAUAGCUUUGAAUUGCA